UUCAGUUCAAUAUUUUGAGGCGUAGUUGAAAGAAAAGCUCACCUCCAGAUACUGGUCUUAUUUAUUAUAGGUGAAAAAAAGAAAUUCAUGUAAAUUAAAAUAUACAUGUUUGUAAAAAAAGCAGUCGGUAAAUCGGCUAGUUUCACCAAGAUUUUUCAGAAAACUUUUCUUGAAAAUCCGAACAGUUGCAGAUACAUGUCGGCCAUGAACAGAGAACAUAUAAAAGUGGUGGUGGAGAAUGAUGACAUAAUUCGUUCUGCUCAAGAUAAGAGGUUGUAUCGAGGCUUGGAACUGACCAAUGGGAUAAAAGUAUUUCUUAUCAGUGACCCAGAGACAGACAAGUCAUCAGCGGCCAUGGAUGUAAACAUCGGGUUCAUGAAAGAUCCCAGAGAACUGCCAGGGUUGGCUCAUUUCUGUGAACACAUGCUGUUUUUGGGAACAGAGAAGUAUCCUGAGGAAAAUGAAUAUACAAAGUUUUUGAAUGAACAUAGUGGUUCGUCAAAUGCUUUCACUUCGUCAGAACAUACCAACUUUUUCUUUGACAUCACUCCUGACGAUUUACCUGGUGCUCUAGACAGAUUUGCUCAGUUCUUCUUAUCUCCAUUAUUUACGGCUUCGGCGACGGAAAGGGAGGUAAAUGCUGUGAAUUCUGAAAAUGACAAAAAUCUACAGAGUGAUCAGUGGCGACUGAUGCAGCUGGAGAAAUCUCUGGCCAACCCAGAUCAUGACUACAGCAAGUUCGGCACGGGAAACAAGACAACGUUAGAGAUUUUACCAAAGGAAAAAGGCAUCAACACUAGAGAUGAACUGUUGAAAUUCCAUUCCAACUAUUACUCUUCCAAUAUCAUGGGCUUGUCUGUACUAGGAAAAGAAUCACUGGACGAGCUUACAAACAUGGUGGUACCUCUGUUUGGCCACAGCAAGAACAAGAAUGUCACCGUACCUCAGUGGGACGACAAUCCGUUUGGAUCUGACCAGUUGCAGCUCAAAAUUACAGUUGCUCCUGUUAAAGAUAUUCGUAGCAUGAAUGUCACGUGGCCAAUUCCAGACUUGGAUCCAUAUUAUUCUUCAAAUCCUGGUCAUUACCUAGGACAUUUGAUUGGUCAUGAAGGUCCAGGCAGUUUGUUGUCGGAGCUCAAGAACAAAGGAUGGGUGAAUACACUGGUUGGUGGUUAUCAGAACGGAGCUAAAGGAUUUGGAUUUUUCAUAUUAAAUGUGGAUCUUACUGAAGAAGGACAAGAACAUGUUGAGGAUAUAAUCAGCCUUGCCUACCAGUACAUCAACAUGCUGAGACGCGAGGGAGUCAAGGAGUGGAUAUUCAAAGAGUGUCAGGAAAUUGAUGCGAUGCGGUUCCGAUUCAAAGACAAAGAGAAGCCAAGAGGUUACACAAGUCAUAUAUCAAGCUUACUGCAUAGAUUUCCUUUAAAAGAAGUGCUAAGUGGUGAACAGUUGCUGACAGAGUACCGCCCAGAUCUAGUCCAGAUGGUUUUAGACAAACUUGUUCCUGAAAACAUGAGAGUGCUUGUGGUGUCCAAGAAGUUUGAAGGCCAGACUGACAAGAAGGAGACAUGGUAUGGAACGGACUACAAGAUGGAGAGGAUUCCAAGUUCGCUCAUAGAGAUAUGGAACAAUGGUGGUUACCAUGAAAAUCUUCGUUUACCAGACAGGAAUGAAUUUAUUGCAUCAAACUUUGACAUUACUCCAAGGGAGGCUGAGAUAUCUCCUGUACCAGAAAUUAUCAAGGAUUGUGAAAUGUCCAGAUUAUGGUUCAAGCAAGACGACAAAUUCCUGUUGCCAAAAGCCUGCAUGAGUUUUGAUAUGACUAGUCCUCUGGCUUACAAUGACCCAGCACAUGCCAACAUGAACAGCCUGUUUGUGAAUCUGUUCAGCGAUUCCCUCAACGAAUACGCUUAUGACGCCGAGCUGGCAGGUCUUUACUACAGUCUGGACAGUUCCAUAUACGGAAUACACCUGUCUGUCCGAGGGUACAAUGAGAAGCAGCAUGUUCUCCUGAAGAAAGUGCUCGACAAGCUGACAAGCUUUAAACUUGACCCAAAGAGAUACGAGAUCAUUAAAGACUUGUAUGCGCGAUCAUUACGCAACUUUGUUGCUGAGCAGCCUCAUCAACACGCCAUCUACUACACAUCGGUCUUGAUGUCAGAGGUCUUUUGGACCAAGGAUGAGCUGCUGGAAGCACUGGAUGAGGUCACACUUGACAAGCUCCAGUCUUAUAUACCACAACUCCUAUCAAAGCUGUAUAUAGAGGCGCUGAUAUAUGGUAAUAUCACAAAACAGCAAGCUAUUGACACAUUGGGUGCAGUUGAGAAUAUACUAAAGGAGAAAACUGCUACCAAACCAUUAACAAGAAGUCAGAGAAAACGCCUUCGUGAAGUCCAGUUACCAAAUGGGUGUUACUACAUGUACAAGAAGUCGAAUGAGGUGCACAAGAGCUCGUGUGUUGAGAUCUACUAUCAGUGUGGGCGCCAGGCCCGUGAACUCAACAUGCAGCUGGAGCUCUUCUGUCAGGUGAUCAGCGAGCCAUGCUUCAACAUUCUACGCACCAAGGAGCAGCUCGGAUACAUAGUAUUCAGUGGACUUCGCAGGUCCAGUGGAGUUGAAGGGCUGAGAAUCAUUGUCCAGUCUGACAAAUCGCCAGCUUAUGUAGAGGGACGUGUAGAAGCUUUCAUCAAAAGUGUGGAAGAAUGCAUAUCCAGCAUGUCAGAUGAGGAGUACCAGAAACACGUGAAAGCUCUAGCUGCAAGGAGAUUAGAACAGCCCAAGAAGUUGUCGGCGCAGAAUGCAAAAUUCUGGGCCGAAAUCAGUUCACAGCAGUAUCAUUUUGACAGAGAUAAUACUGAAGUUGCAUAUCUGAAAGGAAUCACUAAAGAUGAUUUGUUAAAAUUCUAUAAGACUUUGAUAUCCCAUGAUGCUCCACAGCGCCACAAACUGUGUGUACAUGUGGCAUCCAGCACUGAGCCCACUAACGUGACAUCUCAGUCGCCAGAUGGUCUGGAGUCUGUGGUACAAACAACAUGUCCUGAGCCCAUCAUCGUUACUGAUGAGUCGGAGUUCAAAAGAGAACUGGCAUUGUAUCCGCUUGCAAAGCCUUACAUUGACCUGGCCAAGGCGAAAUCCAAGCUGUAGGAAACGCAGAGUCCAUGUUGAUUGAUUCCUGAUUGACAGAGGGACGUAAUCAAAUAAGUAACAUGUCACUUAACUCUAGGAAACUUUGUUUCCAGUGUUGAUAUAUUAAUAACUGACAGGAGGACAGUAAAAUAAGUAACAUGUCACUUAACUAUAGGAAACUUUGUUUCCAGUGUUGAUAUAUUAAUAACUCACAGGAGGACAGUAAAAUAAGUAACAUGUCACUUAACUAUAGGAAACUUUGUUUCCAGUGUUGAUAGAUUAAUAACUCACAGAACAUAAUCAAAUAAGUAACAGGACUUGACCUAUAAAAAAUAUGGUGUGCCAUGUUGACAGGUUACUAAUUCACAGAGGGACUUAAAUAAGUAAAUGAUUUAACUGUAGCAAACGUCAAGUCCAGUUAAAAAUAAAUGCAUCAAUUUGUUAAUGUGAAUUAUGUCUCACAUUUUUCGCAUUAAUAUCAUGAUUGCAUUAAUUUUUGAAUCUACAGUGUAUUAAAAUAACAUAUUUCGGUGUGGCUAAUUUAACAGUAAAAACAGAGGUAUAAAAGAAAGAAAGAAGUGUUUUAUUUAACGACGCACUCAACACAUUUUAUUUACGGUUAUAUGGCGUCAGA